ACACAUGAAUACUGACCGCAUCAAUGAAGAAACUAGGCUAAUGAGUGGAGCAUCUUAACUGAGCUGUAACUAUUCGAAUUUCCUCAUCCCAGUUUAUUGCACGUGCUUUAGACCUAUCAUUAUAAGAUUUUUAAAGUAGGCUAUGCCUACAUGUUACAAAGCAGAGAAAAACAAAGUUAAGAAGAAAAGUACAGACAGUGGAGACAAAGGAACAUAAACGAUGACUGUGGAUGUUUGAGUCCUGUUUACAUUACCACGGUGAUAUUGCUGCAAGAGAAUAUUAUCACUGGAGAUGAGUUGAAUAUUUGGAUUGGGAAAACCAAAAAUGGAAGUGAAGAUGAAAAUGAAGGAUGUCGUCAAAAAAUGGAAUUUAUGGGCAGUGUCCAGAAAUGAAGGAGAUGUAAAAGUUCCACUGAUUGAAGACCUGUUGAAGGUUACCUCCGAGGAACUUGUCAGGUAUCUGACAAUAUUUAUUGCAGAAUUACAGAAAGGAAAUGGAGAGCGUUUCUCUAAAAAAGCUCUGAUCCGGAUCCUAUCUCAGAUCAACACUUAUCUCAGGAGCAUUAGAAAUGACUCUGGUGAUUCAUUCAAAAGAGAAUUGAGCAUUGGGAUGAGGAGGAUUAGCAAGGAGAUCCAGGCAGUUCCUCCCAGGAUGAUCACAGCGCAGAUGGAGCGUGUACUGUGGGAGAAGUCCAUACUGGAUACAGAGUCUAAUAAAGGACUCAGCUAUGCCAUGUUCUUCUACAAUGUGAAAAUAUUUGGUCUCACAUCUGUGACAGAUCAUAAAAAGCUCAAAUGCAAUGCUUUUGAGUUUUCUGAAAAUGCCUUUGGAAAAUAUGUACAACUUAACUGUGAUGUGCUUCAAUCAGAAAAUCUCCCUUGUAAGAUAAUCCAUUACGAGGAUGUGGAGAAUGCAAGGUCAUACUACAAGCUCCUGCAAAAGUACUUGCAUGCCAUUUCUCGAUGUGAAACAAAUUAUUUCUAUGUCAAACCCCUCUAUCUACAAUCCAAAGGAUUUACAAAUAAGGUAUUUGGGAUCAAAGCAUUGUCCAGCUACAUUAGUGACAUGAUGAUGAGAGCAGGGUAUGAGGGAAAAUACACAAAUGAAUCCCUGAGAGCUUGCUUCACUAGGAGGAGUGCCACCUCUGGCCACAGCUUUUUGAUGGAAAUCAGCAAAAAACUGGAUCCACCAUUGCUUGAGCCAGUCACAACCAGUCCUAUAACUCAACCAAUCACAGGCAGUCCUAUAACUCAACCAACCAUAGCCAGUCCUAUAACUCAACCAAUCACAGCCAGUCCUAUAACUCAACCAAUCAUAGCCAGUCCUGUAACUCAACCAAUCAAGAUGGAAACAUCAGACAGGGACUUUAACAAUAAUAUGGAGGCUAUCUCUCCUACAAUGAUCCAGGCUUGCAAUCUUACAAUUACCUUAAAAGGAUCAUUCAAUCUGAGUCUAGCCAAUCUCCUGCCACCAGGAACUACAGUAAAACCCAAGGGUGUCCAGAUAGUACAACAGACCGAGGGACAAGUCACUGUCAAAAUGGACCUGGAGCCAUCAAAGUAGCUGUAAAAUGUAUAGUUCUUCAAAGUUUGAAAUGUACAGCAUGUGAAUUGAACAAUCUAAUUAAAAUCAGAUUCUAGGAUAUGCUCACAAUCGCUAUAAUAGGAUCUGACAUAACCCCAUAGGGGGUCAUGUCUGCAUGACCUUUUGCUUGGAAUAUUUAUGAGAAUUAUCAGCCAGUCAGAUUGCGCCAUACAGAUAAUGAUGGCUAUUUAGGCAGUUCCUGGCCAUUUGUAAACAAAUUGCUGUAAUCUCUCUCCCACGAAGUUUAUUCCCACUGUAAAAUUGUAUAUUCUCACAUAACGAAUUUAAAAUUUUCGCAAUAAUGCCUAAUCUAUUCCGUUCAUACAAACAACAAAAUGUACGAUUUGAAAUACACCCAAAUUGAAUUAAUUGUGAAUUCCGAUUUAUGUAUAAAUAGGGAUGGGUACGAUUUGAAUAGUUUUCAAGAUGGUUUACUUAAAUAACGCAAGGAAGGUAAUGCCAGUCGAUGUCAACGUUGCAUUGUGACGUGACAUCUAGCUGCGAUAUGUUUUCAUCCCAGCCACUUUCCUUGAAUUGUGAACACCGACGAUUUCAAAGCCGACGCGCUGAUUGGCUGACAUAAAGUUCAUCUGAACAUGACCCCUAAUCGGGUUAUGUCAGAUCUACUUACUCAGAGUAUACGGCGCGGAUCUAAGAAGUCUGAUUUUAAUUAGAUUGCUAAAUUGAAUUACUUUAUAAAGCUUUUAACAAAUGAUUAUAGAGGAGCACAUUGUGGUGUAAUUAUAUGGGGGCCAAUUUUGGUCAUUCAUUGUACUAUGGGUGAAAUAUAAUUUCAUGGAUUCUGAGAUUUUUACAUAUCCGCUGAGAUGCAAUUCCGAGGUUACAUGAUUUGAAUUGUGUGUUUCGAAUCUCGCAGGACACUUCUGCAGCCCAAGUUCGAUCCUCAUUGUCAGCAGUAGUUGUCUGUGAAAGGGUAUGGUGGUUGCCCACUAGGACUAUUUUUUUUUGGGGGGGGGACUCUCCAGCUUCCUCCCGCACUAAUAAACCCCUCAUGCAGCUCCAAAUACACAACAAAUUAAUGGUAACACCCCUUCCCCCCACUUUCAAAAAAUUCCUGGAUCCACCCCUGCUGUGUGUUACCUGAGAUUUCAUUAAGGUUUUAGAUUAAUGCUGCCCAUUAAAUGUACAAAAUUUGUAUCCCCCAACAAUUCCACAGUAAUCAUUUCUUAGUGUUGUUGAUGUCGGUAUAUCAGAAUAUCAAGGUUGGUGUCAUAGCUUAUGCCAAAUUGUUAGAGAAAUGAAGUUCAUUUUGCUGGUUUUUGGAGUGGAUUAUUCAGCCUUGAUGGCGACAAGCAGACUACAAACGAUCAAUUGAAAAGACAGUUUGAAAAUUUCAUUUCUGCUGAAUUGCAGUGUGUUACCUAUAUUUCUAUGGAGACCCCAAAAACUGACACCACCCACACAAUAUUCAGAUAUGCAUGUAGAGGGUGCACAUAGGGUCUUAAUUGACCAGUUUGUGUUUACAUAAUUCUAUGUAAUCUUGGGUGGAGAGGUUUGAAGGCUGAGGCAUAACAUCUGAGACUGUGCAUAUCUAAUAUUAUAAAUUAUCAGUGUCACUUGUUUAAAUAUUUAAUUUAGAGAUUUAGUUAUUUGAGCAUUUGAUGAGGUCUGAGUUGCUGUAUGAAAAAUGCAGUUUGGAACUUUAUAAACUCAUGGUGGAGGGAAUUAAUGGGGUCUAGUCUUUGUGCCUCUGCAUAAGAAGUGGCCAUAACUUCACUUGGGAACAGCCAACCAGAAAUAUUGAUGUAUUUACAUAAAUAUUUCAAGAAGUCUUUGUAGUUUCCAUAGAAAUAUACUCCUCUUGCAAUAUGCUUUUGUAAAUGUCUUUAAAAACUUUGUUUGAAGUUAUGAUUAAAGUGAUUUUUUUCUCCA